CCAAUCAAUGGAAGGAGAGACUAGGCGAGAGUAGGGAAUCUUGUAGAGGUGUUUAGACGAGGUGACCAUAAGAAUGUAAGAGUUGUAUGUUUAGUGGAGUGCCACCGUCUUUGAGCUACCUGAUGUUUGCGCUUACCCUGGCCGACCACAUCCAUUUCUAUCGACACAAUUAUUCGUUGCACUAGUCGAUCUUGUGAUAAUAUAGUACUUGAUGUUAAAAAAUGGAGAGAAGAUUUUGAGAUGCCCACUGACUAUGAAUAAGACUAUUGUUGGAUAUUGAGAUAAGAAUAAAGUAAAAGUGUUUAUUACAAGGAAGCAGUACUAAUAAAGUAUCUUUCGUCUCUACUUUCCGACUGGUUGUUUUUAGUGGAUCUGACAAGAUGUUGGGGUCGUUCAGUAAGACCUCAGCUCGUCGCUUUUGCACCAGCCUCUCCUCGUGGAGUGGUCGGCAUUGGCUUUAUCUUCUCUGCGUUGUGCCUCAUCUGCUAUACUUACUCGUCGAAGAAAAGCAGGCAUGGGUUCCGCAAAUAUUGCGAGCUCCGAUUACGCAUCUGCGAUCUCAGACGACGCUCCGAUGGGCGCACUUUUCACUCUUUCCACCAAGUCCAGAAGGAUCUGCGAUUUUAUCUGUGGUGAAAGGAACAAAUGGCGAGGAAGAAUCUUCGCCAACCACGUUGAACGUGAACGUCAACAAAACGCGAACUGGACGCAGAAGGAAACCUGCUAAAACUUCUGUUACAUUAAGACUCUUACUUUCCACAAAUCCAUCUUCUUGGGAGGAACAUCUUUUGCCUUUGCGCAAUAUUUUUCUAGUGGACACAUUAAAUGAGAAAGAGCUAAAACUAUUAAUGCUCUCGGAUCGAGCCUGUUGCCCAAGGUGGAUUUGCGGGGUGAGAAAGUCUAAUUACUUUUGCGAACCAGAACUGGAUGAACGCGUCCACGACUGAUUUACUUCCGAGAAAUAGGCGUCUUGGCGAUCAGAGACCACCAAGUAGUAUCGUGGGUCCUCUACCAACGUCGAGGUCGGCCCCACCUGCUGCUCUCUUCGCUGACGAGGAAGAAAUGAGCCUGGCUGUGGUACCGCCAGCAACGAAGUCGAUGGUGCGCCUGACAUCUUCUGCUACAAUAACUGCAGAUUAUGGCAACAUCCAUCUUCAGCGCGACGGGGAAGAAUACUGUAAGCUCUUCGCGAUGGCAAACACCUACGGUUUGAUCGACUUCUCUAUCUUCGAGCCCGAUUACUGCUCGAAGCCCGACCCAAACGCCGCUGGAAACGCAAUGAUCGAUCCCAACAGUGUAGACUGUACGAAGCUCAUGGAGUUUCUCUUCCUGAUUCGCGGCUCAACCAAAAAACAGAUUCUGCACGAAAAGGAACUCUUUCAAAAAGUACUUACUGGAAUUCGUUUGACGCUCAUUCUCCCUUCAGCUAGUGCAGGUGGUGGUCUCCCUUUCCACGUUCACCUUAGAUUACGAGGAGAGCAAGGACAACAUAGUCAAUAUCGAUAUUUUUAGAUGACAUAGAAGUAGUUAACUACAAAGCGAUGAAACCCUCCAGGAUCUUGCGACAGAGUCUAGUUAUCCGCCGGUAAUGUACGUAAAUCGAGUAGCGAUGUUUGUUACAGCGCAUGCACAUAUUGUUGGAGCGAUUAUAUCACAAAGGGACCAGUGUUUCUCGGAGCAAGUGCGGCUACUUUUCGUGGUCAAUCUAAGAAGGUACUACUAACUUGUUGUACGUUAAUACUCAGUGUCCUGAACCUGAACAUGAUGUUGUAGUUCCGGCCUCGACCUCGGUCUUCGCGUAAUAUUAAGAUGAAAGUACAACUUCGUUAUUUCAUUUCCAUGUAAGCAAGUACUCCUUCUUCAUCUUUACGUUCACAUCGACUUCGACAUAACUUCUUUGAAGAUUGCUCAUUCUAGGUUCAAAACACUUGUUUCGGAGCAAUUUCGUAUCAUCUGGUUAGCGUAUCAGGGGAAAGACCCCGAAGGGUACUGCUUCACGGAGAAGUGCACGAAGCGUGGAGGCUUUCCUGAAUUGGUCGACAACUGGAUCACCAGAGUAUUGAAACUGAUCGAUAGCGACCUAAAGACUUUCAAAUCCGUCUUAGAGACAUGGAGGCCACCGUUACCAGAGGAGGCUCACUUCUAUUCGCAUGAAACAGACGGCAGGUAUAAUUUGACUUUCUUCUGGUACGUUUUCUUUCUACUUACUAGGGUUCUCUGACUUAUCACAGUGCACCAGGAGAGCUGCGAUAACUUCGAACGACGAGGUUUUGGUAAGGACAGCCUUGUACUAGAUAAUUUUACAGGAGAUGUCCAUGUCCUGAAGUCAUCACGCCACACGCUGCAUCUCAGGUUCACUACGCUGGAAAUGUUGCGACGAGCAACUUUCAACGAAUGGUUUGUGGAUACGGGCAUGCUGCGGGCAGCGCUCCGAGGUGGUGUUUUUCCAGUGGGAUCAAGUGUGGCAGACCUUGGCGCCGGAACUGGGGAGUAUGCGAGGUGGCUAAAUGACACAGGACUCGUGGAUGCCUUUUCCUUCGACGGAAGUGCAGAUAUCGAACUCCUUACGAAGAAAAAAGUGAAGCACCUGAAUCUGGUAUCAAAGCAUAUGCAUCUCGAUAUAAUUAUGUCGCUGUUAGAUGUCAACGAUAGGUGAUCAUACGAAAUGAUAGUGGUUGAAAUUCAAGUUUGUCAUCGUCAUUGUUGUAUAGUAGAAUAAUUUAUAGAACGGAUGUAGGAUGGACUUGGAUGGAUCGGGUGGACCCUCCUAAGUCUUUGACUGUACUUGAAAUGGUGGGAAGUCCAUCCGAUCCAUCCGAUCCAUCCCAUCCCGGAUCUGGAACCCCUAGAUUAUGUAGAAACUGCUCGAGUAUAGUUAGGAGUGGGAAACUUGUGCCCUGAACAAGAUUGAGCUUGCCCAUUUCCACAUAUAAUUGAGGUAACUUCUAUCCGACGUCCGCAAAAGUACAACUGGGUGUUGCUAAUCGAAAUUUGCGAGCACAUCCCGGCUGAGCUACACCCUAUCUUCUUUCAGAAUGUAAAUUUGUUUGCGGGUGACGGCAUCGUGCUGUCAUGGGCACCGCCACAGAUCCCGAACAUUGGACACACAAACCCUCUGCUCGAAAAGGACGUGAGACAGGUCUUGGCAAGGUUUCUGCCUUUAUUUGCAAUCGACCAAGAGUCCACAAAUUUGCUGCGAGCGCAUAGUCAAGUAGGCUGGCUCAAGAACACGCUUACUGUGCUCCGACGCUACCCCGAGAAUCUCGCGGCAGAAGUCGCGUCGUCCUGCAACGCGCAGGAACACAUAAUGUACGCCGGAGAAGACGACGCGGUUCUCGACAACUCCCACAAGCCACAGGUACUUUUUCCUCUAUCUUCUACCACUUAGAUACUAUGUUCUACGAGGAACACAUGAAUAAAGAGAUAGACGCAUAACUGCAUGAUCACCUACGUAAAAAGCAUGUAGUGAAAACUGAAACUUACUAAUUGCUCUAGCACUUAGUGCCGAUGAUGUUUUCUUGGGGGUGACGCUAAAUUUUCUGCCACUUUUUAGGUAUGCUGCGAUGCUUGUGCGACCAAUCCGGACUGUCAAUUUUGGGUAUGGUCGCAUGCGCAAAGAACAUGUUGGUUGAAGCGAACCAAAGAGUAUCAGACAGAAGAAAAGGGAUUCAUUUCAGGGUCGAAGGCCCUAACACGGACAGAACUGUAAAGAGGCAUGCUAGUACAACUAGUAUUUAGUCGUGGUCGUGCGUGGUCUUCUACCUCUUUGUUCUGCCUUGUUGUGGUACUAACUUCGAUAUUAAGGUCGGCAGAGGAUCUGAUAAGGCCUACACCUAUUGACCUUGCUAAAUGACGUGCUACAACUGGAUACUAGACGAAAAUUUAUGACCACAAGAAUUUCCCAUUCCCACAAGAAUUUAAAUUGUCGCUCUAGCAACAUCUUCAUACAACAUUAUCAUGGUCUUGCUGUGCCAGUCAGGCUCUGGCACGACUCCUACUUUUUGUCAUACUUGUUUUGGUCAGAUACGGCUUCGUGGUUACACGUGUUCUGUUUCUGCAUAGGCCUGCGUUCGCCCUGCCAUGCUUUCUGCAAAGCCUCUCAUCUACACAGGAAUACCUUGCAGUUGAAGGAUCUUUUCUUUGUGUUCAGCUAGCCUUUCCGGAUGUCCAUGUCGAAGGACGUGUUGCCAUUAUAUCACAGUG